AUGAAGAUCAAUAUAGAUGGCGCUUAUCAGCCUGCCAGCAUAGAAGGAACUAUGGCCUGUAUAUGCCGUGAUCAUCAUGGAAAACUUACUGAUGGUCUCUCCAGACAUUUCCCAGCUUGUUCGGCCCUACAGGCGGAGAUCCAAGCACUUACUCUCACUGUCCACCAUCUGCUGCAACACGACAUCAACCACGCACAACUUUUGAUUGAAUUGGACUGUCUCACUCUGGUUGAAACUAUGCAUGAUUGCAUAUUGACGCCAUGGGAAGAUUGUGCCCUGUUUGCAGAAGCCCCCGCUUUGCUUUCAUGUUUUCCUAAUCUUCAUCUUCAACACUGCAAGCGAGAAGUGAAUGUUGUUGCUGAUUGGGCCGCCAAGGCCCACGGUAGUGCAGCCUUGACCCACAACUGGGCUAUUUCUCCUCCAUUUUAUUUGCUAGAUCAUGUAUAUACUGAUGCAAUAGCCUUGGGCUAUACGUUUCCUUUCACUUGA